AUGGCUGCUGCUACGAAUUCCAAACCUUACAUACCAGUUGCUGGAGGCGCCGACGAUGGUUGGUCGAAAGAUGACCAGGCGACUGCCACAUGUUACUGUGGCGCAGUGCAGUUAGCCUUCCCAACACAAGGCCCGGGCCUAGUCGACACGUUCACCUGCCAUUGCACGGACUGCCGAAAAAUCACCGCAUCCAUGUUCGCGACCAAUUUCGUUGUCGCGGACACACAUCUAAAACACCUACGAGGCCAGGAAACCCUCACAUCAUUUACCCAGUCAAAAACCAUUACCUCGGGCAAGGCAAUGACAAAUUGUUUCUGUUCUACAUGUGGCUCGCUCAUGUACCGCAUCAGUGAAGUGUUCCCAGGACACAGUAUUCUACGAACUGGAACAGUGGAUGACUUUACCCUGCAUGAAACGAAAUUGAAGCCUAAGGUUGAGCUAUAUACCAAGGACCGUGUGGGAUGGCUUUCUGGUGUAACCGAUAUGGAGCAGGUCGCAGGAUCGGCUUAUACUCCAAAGAAUACUUGUUCUUCUGAACUCUGA